GAAGGCCAUUCUAGGGAGUUUAGCCAAGCACAUGGACACCAAAGAAGACACCAGUCACCUCCCUGUCAUGAAAGCUGAGGCGCCUUUUCUCAGCCUUGUUCCGAAUAGGCAAAACGUGAACCAGAGAGAAGCAGCACUAAGAGGCGAAGCAAAAGGUAGUAGAACUCACA